AAGGCCCUACUUUCCCUCAUCUCUGGAAAGUGCAACAAAGCUUAGCCGAUAAGCAACAGAAACGCCAUUUCUCCUCUUCUGCUUCUCUAUGGAGAGACUACUGAUCUUCAAAUUUCCAGAAAGAGAGCAAUAGAGAGAGAUAGAGACCUGUAUUUUCGUUUUAAGCUUCUUCUUCUUCUUGAAUUUGUCAAUUCUUUCAGAGCUUUGAUCCUUGGUGUAUAUUUAAUUUAUAGAGAUUCAGAUUGGUAGGCUGGAAGAUAGAUAUGUGUGUCUUGGCUCGAUUUGUUUGAUUUUUAUUUUAUCGAAAAUUGAAGAUUGAUCGAAAUGGUUCUAUUUCCGUCGUCGUCUUCUUCGUCUUCGGCAUCUCCGUCACUGCUGUCAAUUGAUGAGGCUCUGACACUGAUUCCUGGCCUCCCAAACGACAUCGCAGCGCAAAUACUCUCCAUGGUUCCUUACUCUCACCAUUCUCGUAUCAAAUGCACCUGCAAGGCAUGGUACGCUUUCCUCUCCUCCAAAACCCUAAUUUCCCUCCGCCAUCACCUCCGCCAUCUCACUCAUCUCCUCUGUAUAUUCCCUCAGGACCCUUCCAUCUCUUCCCCUUACCUAUUUGACCCGAAUAAUCUCGCUUGGUGUCCGCUCCCGCUCAUGCCCUGUAACCCUCACGUUUAUGGACUCUGUAACUUUACCUCCAUAUCUCUGGGUCCCAAUCUCUAUGUUCUUGGUGGGUCUCUCUUCGACACCCGGUCUUUCCCUAUGGAUCGUCCUUCGCCUUCCUCCUCCGCUUUCCGCUUUAAUUUCGUUGAAUCUUCGUGGGACCAACUCUCUCCGAUGCUCUCCCCUCGCGGUUCCUUUGCUUGCGCCGCCAUCCCUAAUUUGGGACAGAUAAUCGUGGCUGGGGGAGGGUCGAGGCAUACGUUGUUUGGAGCAGCAGGAAGUCGGAUGAGUUCGGUGGAGAAGUAUGAUGUGGGGAGGGAUGAGUGGGUGGCAAUGGACGGGUUGCCGAGGUAUAGAGCUGGUUGCGUGGGGUUUUUGGUAGGGAGUGGAGAGGAGAGGGAAUUUUGGGUGAUGGGAGGUUACGGGGAGUCCCGGACAAUUUCUGGAGUGUUUCCUGUGGACGAAUAUUAUAAGGAUGCUGUAGUCAUGGGUGUCAAGAAGAAUGGGUGUGGCAAGUGGAGGGAGCUUGGGGAUAUGUGGCGGGAAGGGGAAAGAGCUAGGCUUGGGAAGAUUGUGGUUGUUGAGGACUAUGAAUGGGACCAGCCUGGUGUUUUUAUGCUCGACAAUAAUGAUAUUUUCAGAUACGACUUGGUAUCAAACUCUUGGCAAAAAGAGUCUGGUUUACCAAGAAAAGCUCCUUGCAACUCGUCAUGUGGUUUUGUUGUGUUGAAUGGGGAGCUGCAUGUAUUGAGUCUUCUGAAAGGAGGUGAUACAACAGAAAGUCGAAGGUCAAGACAGCAGAAGAGGGCAGGAUCACUUCUCAUCCAAAUUUAUCAACCUAGGAAGAGGACAUGGAGAUCACUCAUUACAAAGCCACCAUUUCAUUGCCCUUUAGAUUUUAAUACAGCAGUUAUGUGCACCAUUCAAUUGUAGACAGCUACAUUUUGCGAUCAUUGAGGUUAUUACUAUCAAAAUAGUUGCCCAUUUGUCGCUACAUUUUGUAUGUUCUAUUGCGCGAUAAGAAACUUUAUCUUUCUCUUUCCUUAAAGUAAAUGGUAUAGGUUAAUGUACAGAUCAGUAAGGUGUUACGAUUUAUUGUACCAUACUUCAUUCUUAAACAGAUGCAAGUGCAAUAAUACCAAUAGUUUGUUUUUGC